CUUCAAUAGUCAGAAUCUUGUAUUUAUUUUUAUUCAGAUAAUGUGUAUUUUUCUUGUUUAUAGGUUAAUGUGAAAUUUAAUUUUCAUCAUAAUACUACUCGCUUUCUCAUACAUCUUUUCAUUAAAAAAUAUUCAUUAGAUAUAUAGUAUUCGCUAAAAGCUUUUAUUAGUCAUUACCUUUUAUUCUAACGUAAUCAUGCCAAAGAGAUCUCGAUCUGCUUUUUAUAAAAGAAUAAAUACAGAAUUAUCUAAAAAUUUAUCUUUAGUUUCUCAAAUAACUGAAGAGAGAAAUGAGAUAACUGAAGAGAGAAUAAAUAAUGAUAUAAUUAGUAAAGACAUUAUUGUGAAACUGUGCCACUAUCACAAUUUAAUAAUAUUAUUGAAGAAAAUGUUGAAGAACAGUUGGGCAGAGACAUACCAGAGAAUGAUUCGUAUUCUGUAAAUGAUGUUAUCGAUCCAUGCAAUAAGCAAUUAAUAAAUGAAAAAAAUACUGCUUCAAUCUCAAGUUUACCUUUUGAAAGUAAUUUAAAAUACUGGGCACUGAAACACAAAAUUAAUCAUUCAGCUCUUUCUGAUCUUUUAAUAUUACUAAAAACAAGUGACAUUGAUUCAAAUAAUUUGCCUUUAGAUGCUAGAACUCUUUUAUCUACUCCUAGGUCUUUAGAAAUUCAAAAAAUAGAACCAGGAAUAUAUUAUCAUUUUGGCCUUUCUGAAGCAAUAAGAACACUUUACAAAGAUAACAAUUCAAACAUAAUCGAAGUAUUGAUAAAUAUCGAUGGUCUACCUUUGAGCAAAAGUUCAAGUAGCCAGAUAUAUCCAAUAUUAUGUAGUUUAUAUUCAAAUCCUACAAAGAUAGCUGCUGUAGGAAUUUAUCAUGGCUAUGGAAAGCCAGCAAAUGCUAAUAAAUUCUUAUUGCAAUUUGUCAAUGAAGCAAUAGAUCUAACAGUAAACAGUAUCAAUAUUAAUGGAAGUAAAAAACAAUUUAAAAUUAAAGGAUUUAUUUGCGAUGCUCCUGCUAAAUCGUUUAUUUGUUACAUAAAAGGCCAUACAGGUUUUUAUUCUUGCACAAAAUGUUUUCAAAAGGGAACAUACUUGAAAGGUCGAAUUUGUUUUCCUAAAAUUAAUUGUACAAAAAGAACAGGUCAAAAUUUUCAAAAUAAAAAUCAGAUUCAACAUCAUUCUGGUACUUCUUGUAUAAAAACAAUUCCAGGAAUUGAUAUGGUUUCUCACGUGCCAUUGGAAUAUAUGCAUCUCAUUUGCUUAGGUGUCAUGAAAAAAUUGUUGAUGAUGUGGAUUUUUGGAAAGCCACAAAUAAAAAUAAAAUCUGAAAAAAUUAAUAAGAUUGAUAGGCAAUUAUUAUUAAUAGUUAAAAAUACACCAAAUGAAUUUGCUCGAAAACCACGUUCUUUGGGUGAAAUCAAGAGAUGGAAGGCAACUGAAUUAAGAUACUUUUUGUUAUAUGCAGGAUCAGUUGUCUUAAAAGGAAAUAUUGAAAAUGACAGAUAUAUAAAUUUUCUUUGCCUACACAUUGCUGUGACAAUUUUUUCGAAUGAUGAAUAUAUCCAGAAAUAUGCAGAUUAUGCACAUGCAUUACUUAAAUGUUUUGUUAAAAAUUUUGGUAAAUUAUAUGGAAAAGAAAAUAUAUCUCAUAAUAUACAUGGUUUAAUUCAUACAUAUGAUGACAUACAAACGUUUGGAAAUUUCAAUAAAUAUAGCGCAUUUCCAUUCGAAAAUUUCCUUCAAACUUUGAAGAAUUUACUUAGAAAACAUGAAAAACCGUUACAACAAAUUGUAUCACGGAUAAAAGAAUUAGAACAAGAGCUAGAUUCCAUAGAAGUCAAUAAAAAAAGGCUGUGUGAGCGAGAACAUGUUAAAGGUCCAGUUCCUAAUCAAAGUUAUACUCAAAAAAUUAAUCUUUGGAAAAUUUAGUUUCAGUAUUGAAAACCUUGCCGACUCAUUUUGUUAUUUAACAAGUGGACAUAUCAUGAAAAUAGAAAAUAUUUUAGUAAGGAAAACUACUUAUGUGUAUGGAAAAAUAUUUCUCGAAACAAAUAAUUUAUUUGAUUAUCCUUGUGACUCAAGUACUUUUGACAAAUAAUUUGAGUGAAUAUUGUAUACGAAGCGUAGAAGAUAUAAAAAAUAAGAUGAUAGCCUUUAUUCAAGAAGAAGGCUUCAUAUUUUAUCCACUUCUUCAUUAGAAUUGUUAUUAAUUGUUAUUAUUAACCUUUACAAUUCUAUAAUUUACAUCAGUAUUUUAAAUAUAUCACGGCAAUGAGUUGGAGGGUAGUGCAUUUCAUUAAAGACAAUACAGUAGAAGCCGGACCGGCACUUUGGGUAAAGGACAUUAAUGGAUGUUUUUGGCCGCCAUGUAGUGGAUUAAAAUUAAAAAAUUUGAUAAAAAAUUGCGUCCCACCUGGUCAUGAUUGGGAUCUUCAUCAAUCAAGGUUAAUUGGUGAAUUAUAUGGAGAUCUGAAUGUUGCAAAAAAUAAAGCAGCUCAAGCUGAAGAAACUUCUGAUUUAGCAUCGGAAAAUGAAGGAAGUAAAAGGAAAAUUAAAAGAAAAAGAUUUACAUCUGGUUCAGAUUCAGAAUCAAGACCGAUUACUGUCAAUACUUUUACUAAAAGAAAGAGUAAUAUACAUAAAGACAGCGAAGAAAGCGAAGAAAGUGACGAAAGCGAUACAGAUAAUGAAAUAAACGUUCCAAUUUUAAAGAAGACCACCAAAGAUGAAGCCUACAAAAGACAGGUAUUAAGAAUGCUAUCGAUUCUCAAUUAUAAGAUGGAUCAAGUAACAGAAGAUUUAAAUAUAUUCAAGAUGAAUAAUAUUGUGGAAAAAGAAGUUCCCAUAAAGGAAUCGUUAUUUGAACAAUUCAAUUUCCCUUUAAGUUCAAUGGAAGAACUUCAUAAUUUAGAAAUUUAUUUGGAAAAUGAAGAAAAAAAGAAAGAAGCUGUAAUAGAACUGUCAAGGUUUGGAGGAACAAAUCCCAAAGUUAUGGUUAAAAGAAUAAUAGAGAAACUUUUCUCUAACGAAUUGGCUAUGCAAUAUUCUUGGAUAGGAUUCAAAAAGAAAGAAAAUUUUUCUAGUUUGAUUAUUUCCCAAGUAAUAAUAAAGUCUGUGAUGACAUUACACACAAACACUACAGCAUCUGAAGUUGAAAGUGCCAUUAAAAUGUGGUUGGUUAAAGCCAAAGAGAGAAUUCAGAAACAACAGCAAAAAUAAUUUAUAUUAACUUUUUUGUUAAAUCACAUCUGGCUUUCAAUCAUGUAAUUUUUUCCCUACGACGGAAACGUGAAAAGUGAAAACUUUUAAGCGACUGUAACAAUUCUAUUUGUCGAAUUUAAACGCGUAAUUUUCACUUUUCACAUUUCCGCUCCUACGAAAAAAUUACAUGAUUGAUACCCUGAAGUUUCUACCUAUAUAUUUUGUACUGAAGUAUUUUUGUUUUUCUUAUGUUACUUUAUGUUUACAUUUUACGAUUCAUUUCAGUGAUAUAAUUUUCUAGUACAAAGUAUUAUAUAUUUUAUUGAGUGUGUCUCAUACAAGGCUUUAAUUUUCUGAUACAUGAUUAUAUACUGAUUUAAUUUUUAUUUUAUAUUAAGACUCAUUCAAUAUUAAUGUUAAUUUUUUUGUUUCAUUAUGUUGCAUUAUAUUUCUACUAUUAUUAACAUAUAAGUA